AUGUGCCAUUCCAGGAUGUCAUUCCUGGUGUCAUUCCCACAUUCCCAGGGCUAUUACCGCCGUGCCCCGUCGUACCUGCCGCUGCGGCGGCGGGAGCGGCGCGGGUGCUUCGCGGUGCCGAUGGUUCACUCCACGGUGCUGCUCGACCUGCGCCCGGCAGCGCUCGAAGUCUCGCCUCACCCCCUCGGCUACGGCGGCGCCUUCGACGACAUCAUCGUGUUCGCCCUGCGCCUGCCGCGCCGCGGGGUGCAGAUGUUCGUCAGUAACCGGGAGGUGUUCGGGUUCCUGCCGGUCCCGCUGCGCUCCCAGAGCUCCCUGCGGGAUGAGGCCGAGAACUUCCUGCACGUCCAGCUGGAGAUCAUGGUGAAGUUCCCCCCGGCCGAGCCCUCCCCCCAUGUGUGGGUGCCCCCCAAGGUCCUCGACAAGCUGGGCUUUGACGAGGUGUUCCUGAUCAACCUGCGGCGCCGCUCGGACCGGCGGGCGCGGAUGCUGCGGACGCUGCAGGAAUUGGGGAUCUCCUGCCGGCUGGUGGAGGCCGUGGACGGGCAGGCCCUGAACAGCAGCGAGGUGGAGGCGCUGGGGGUGUGGAGAUGGUGA